AUUGGCACCUCUUUCGACCAGACCUUUAGGAAUCUUCUAUUGUUAGCUAGAACAGGGCACUUCUCGCCUUAUCACUCUCUGCUGCUGUUUUUUUUGUCUUCUUUUUCUGCUUCUGCUCAAGGAAAAAUGUCCUUUCUUGGUGUCUACAAGGCCAUCUACGCUUACACCUCUCAAUCACCUGAAGAGCUAUCAAUCAAGGAAGACGACAUUCUAUAUCUUUUGGAAACGUCCGAUAUUGAUGAGUGGUGGAAAGUAAAAAAGAGAGUCGUGGGUUCGGAUCUAGAUGAACCAAUUGGUCUAGUCCCUAAAACCUAUAUUGAACCUGCUGAUAUAAUAAACUCCUGCGUCGCUCUCUAUGAUUACGAUAAACAAACUAGUGAAGAAUUGUCGUUUAAGGAAAACGACACUUUUAAUGUCUAUGAUACCUCUGACAUAGAUUGGUACUUGGUUUCUACCAAGACUUCUAAUCCUUCUCGUCUGGAGUAUGGCUUCAUUCCUUCCAAUUACAUUCAACUAACUAACGAAUCUCCAAAUAAUAAAAACACCAACAUUGCCACGACUACUUCCGCUGCAAGCUUCCCUGCCCCUCCAACUCACCCAACGCGUCAACCUCAACCUCAAGAAAUUCAACCUUCUAAAAAACAAUACCAACACAUAUCCGACGACGACGAUGACGACGAUGAAAAUGAUCAGCCUCCCCCAACUCCCAAAAGGCCAACUAAUCCUGAUAUCUUGAGGUCUCCAUCUCCUUCCACUUCUACUUCUAGACCCAUUAAAAAACUGUCCACUGCCACUUCUUCUUCUAACAAUAAAAAAGACAAGGAACGUUUAAACUACAACCCGAGAAGAAUGCAGAACAGUGACUCUGAUGACAAUUCCAAAGAAUCUGACGAAUUUUUCACAUGGAAUGUAGCUGAAGUUGAAGGCAGAAAAAAAAAGAAAGCCCAGUUGGGUAUCGGUAAUGGUGUAAUUUACUUCAGACCUGAUCCCUCCACUGGCGAUCUUCCUCAAAAAUGGAAUGCUCUAAACUUGGUCAACUUCUCCACAGAAAAGAAACACGUCUUCCUAGACUUUAAAAACCCAAGCGCUUCCAUCGAAAUCCACGCUGGCUCAAGAGAAAUAGCCGAUGAAAUAUUGGAACUAUUAGCCGAUAUCAGAGGUGCUGUCUCUUCAAAGGGCUUAAAAGAAGUUAAAGCUGCUUCAAAACCAACUGCUAACGGCUACAAAGUCGGUAAAGUCCUCUACGACUUUAAAGCUCAAGAUCUAAAUGAACUAAAUGUUAAAGAAAAUGACCUAGUAUUCAUUAUAAACGAUAAAAAAUCAAAAGAUUGGUGGUUAGUUAAAAACAUCGACAACAAUAAAGAAGGUGUGGUUCCUGCAUCCUACAUAGAAAUCAACUCUUCAAACUUUUCCCUAGGUUCUGUAGCUGAUAAAACUAGAAACUUGGUCAAAUCAAAAUCAAACAAAAGAAAUAAAGAAAAAGAAUUUAAACUAAGAGAAAGAGAAGAAAGAGAACGAAAACAAAGAGACAAUGAAAGAGAAAGAGAAAGAGAAAAAAAACAAAGAGAUUAUGAAAAAAGAAAAAAAGAAAAAGAAGCUAAAGAAAAAACCAAACCAAACUCAAAUAAAGUUAGAACUUGGGUUGAUAAAACUGGUUCUUUUAAUGUUGAUGCUGAAUUUUUAGGCAUUUCUCAGGGUAAAGUUCAUCUACACAAAGUCAAUGGUGUUAAAAUUGCUGUGGCUGCAGAGAAAUUGGCAUUGGCCGAUAUUGAAUACGUUGAAAGAGUAACUGGAACUUCUUUGGAUGCUUACAAGCCUGAUAAAGAAAGACAAAGAGAUAAAGAUGAUGAAAAAAGACGAAAAGAGAUUGAAAAAAGACAAAGAGAAAAACGUGAAAGAGAAGAAUACGAGCGUUCAAAAUCCGUUAUCACUGCUGCUAAAAAUCUCUCUGCAAAUCAAAAGAAAAGCCCAAGUUAUGACUGGUUUGAAUUUUUCCUUGAAUGUGGUGUGGAUGUUAAUAUUUGUCAACGUUACGCUUUAAGUUUUGAAAGAGAACAGAUGGAUGAAAAUUCUCUAGAAGAUAUCACCCCUUCCUUAUUGAGAACAUUAGGUUUCAAAGAAGGUGACAAUAUAAGAGUAUUAAAGUUCUUGGAUAAAAAAUUUAACAGACAAAAACCUAACUCGGCUGGUUCUAACACAAGCGAAGCAUUGUUUGUUGGCUCAGGAGGUGAGUUGAAAAAUAAUCGUACACGUUCUACCUCUAAUGUGGCAAUUGACGCCUCUGCUUUGCAAGCGAUUAAACAACAAAAUCAACCUUCUGUCUCCACAGAAAGUUCAACCUCCAAAUCGGUUGGAGGAUUUGAUGAUGACGCUUGGACUGUCAAGCCAGCAUCAAAAUCAAAUUCACAGAUACAGAAUAACAAUAAUACUCCAGAUUUCACCGGUUCUUUGCAAGAUCUUGUUGAUCUUAAACCUUUGGAAGCUACCAAUGGAAACAGUACCGCUUCUGCUAUUUCUCCAAUAAAGUCAACCAAACCAAUUGUUCCAGUAUUACAACCAUCCAAAACAGGGUCCUCAUUGAAAUCUCAAAAGACAAGCUCUUCUAUCAGAUCCCAGAGAACAGGAAAUUUGAUACCAUUGGAUCCAUUCAAGACUGGAGGAAAUUUGGUUCCAUUUGCAACUGGAGGUGCAGCAAUGAUUCUCCCCUUACAAACUGGUAUGAUGAUGCCCAUGCAACCUGUAUUGAUUCCUCAAACUACAACAACUUUUGCAAUCCAAAAAACUGGCGGAGGAAUGCCUCAGACAUCAUUUAUUAUCCCACAAACUACAUUUGGUACCUCAGCUACCACACUUGUUCCUGUUCAAAGGACGGGUGGCUUUGUUCAAAUGACAACAGGUGGAUUGAUACCAUUGCAAAAAACAGGUGGAACGGUUACUGGAAUGCCACAGACUAGCUUUGUAACUUCUAUGCCAACUAGCUCUUUCACUGGAUCUACCGCCAGUUCAGGGGUGACUUUCCCCACCACUUCAUUUGCUGGAAGUAGUUUUAUUGCUCCAAGUCAACCAGUGAACCCGCAACCUCAAACCGGAUUUGAGAAUAUGUUUGCAAAUAUGAAUAUAAAUAAUCAAACUGGCUUCAAUCAAUUUCCAACUACAUUUAACCAACCUAAUAUUAGUCAAACCGGAUUCAACCAAACAGGGUUUAAUCAGACUGGAAUUCCUCAGAAUACUUUCUCUAAUAAUUCAAUUGGCCAAACUCCUAUUGGUUUUAAUUCUCAACCAACUACCAGUUUCAACACAAUGUUUCAACCACAACAAACACAACAGUCAAUGUUUCCUACACAAAUGAACCAGUUUUCUUCAAUGCAACCUACAUCAUUUCAACAACAACAAGUUCAACAACAAGCACCUCUUCAAUAUCAGCCAACCGGUCUUGGUUUUGGCAACGCACCCACAGAAAUGCCAAAUGUUAGUUUUGGAGGAAUGCAAGCUCAACCUUUACAAAACCAACAAACUGGCAGAAGGGCCAACUUGUCUGCAGCCACUCCAGAUAACCCAUUUGGUUUCUAA